AUGGCGCAACCCACGACGCCGCCUCCGCGAUCCUCUCGUCCAACUGUUCCGCAACGAAACUGGAACCAGCCCGAUCUCACAAAGGCCCUGCAAGAUCUUCUAAGAGCUGUGCGACAAGACCACUCACGACUUGUCGCCCAUGCAAUUGAGAGCACAACGCCUACAGAGUGGCGCGUGCAUCACGGAGCGAAUCUCUUCGAGGGAAUGGGCCCUGGGCCUGUUCCGCAGAAGCAAGAGGAGACCAUGAGAGUAAAGUUUAAGCAACAUUUAAAAGCCCGCAAGGAUGCGCGCGAGGAGCACCAUGAUAUUAUUUCGAUCCGUACACUAAAGGACCGCGUCCCGCGAUAUCGGUUCCAUCAUGUCGGCAUACGAAAGAACGUCCUCACUCCUAACACGAUGCUGACUUUUGUCCCGCACUUGCGCGAUCUGGAAAGCAGCGAGGAGUCGAAAUAUAAUGUAUGGCUCAAAGAACUCGAGGAAAUCGACACUAAAUCUGGAUUCAAACCAAUGAAUCGAGAGGAAAAGGUCAUACUCACAAUACAAACAGAGCGCGCAGCAACCGUGUCACUAUACCUAGACACCUGGCUAGAGAAGCUCGGCAUGGCUUCCUGUACCAAGUCUGCUUUGGUUGCUUGCAUGACCAGUCAGGAAUCCGAUGAUAAUGUCACGCCUCAAAGAGGGAUUGCUGUGAUGCGAUCCAGUCGUGAAUUGAUUGAUGGCAAUCCGACUGUUGGGGAUUCGAGCAAAGCUGCCGCGUUGUUUACAGCCGCAUUCAGCCGAGCUUUUGAUAACAAAGAUAUGCCACUAGCCAGCAGAAUCCAACUUCGGAGGGUUUUGCUACUCGAGCAGUCCACUGAUGGUCUUUUGGACUCUAAGUCGGUCGCAAGAGAUGCAGGGGAUCCUGAUGACGUCGCCGAAGCAUACGUCGAAAUUGCUGUACCGUCUAUGCCAAGUUUGAGUCACUGGCUCUCCCACCGCUACAAGCAACAAGCCCAGGGCCACCGCGACUCAAAACGCUGCCCUGGCAAAACCUGCCAAGCGAAGCAGAAAGAAAAGCCGUGCAUCUGCGUUCAGCUCAACCGCGAAUGCGAUCCAGACCUAUGUGGCACUUGCGGUGUUUUGGAGAGAACGGAUCCGCUGAACGCUGAUUUUGAGAUGUUGCAUGAAACCGGUUGUCAGAAUUGCGAGCUCCAGCGCGGAUGCGGCAAACAGCUCGUACUGGGACAGAGUCAAUUAGACGGGGUCGGGUAUGGACUGUUUACGGCCGAGAACAUCGCGCAGGACGAUUUCGUCAUUGAAUAUGUCGGUGAGCUCAUUACUCACGACGAAGGUGUUCGCAGAGAAGCUCGCCGCGGCGAUGUCUUUGACCAAGGUUCCAACAUAUCUUACAUUUUCACUUUGCUGGACAAUGAAGGCAUCUGGGUCGAUGCUGCCAUUUACGGGAAUCUCAGUCGGUACAUCAAUCAUGCGUCUGAACACGAUCAAGCCGGCUCAAACAUCACUCCGCGGAUUCUCUAUGUCAACGGCGACUAUCGAAUCAAGUUUACGGCCCUGCGAGACAUUCGAGCUGGGGAAGAAUUGUUCUUUAACUAUGGCGAAAACUUCCCGAACCUCACAAAGAAGCUUCUCAAGAAUAGGACGAGCGAGAAACCGGCAGUUCCGCGGAAACCGGGGCGACCGGCGCAGUCGGCUGCCCGCAAGGACGUUGCACGAAAGGCACCGAGGCCUGAGCAGAAGAAAAUCGGGCGUAAAAAGCCUGCGGUGAGGGGCAGAGUGCAGCGGAUAGUUGUUAAGGACGACGACUAUGACGACGCCGACGACGGAGGAGGAGGUCUGCGGGCGCCGCAUGCCUCGCUACUGACCCGACCAGUGAAACGCAAGCGGGCAUUAGCAGGGAUGGAUUCAGACGAUGACGGCUACCGCGCUCCCCAAUCUAUGGUGCAAAACAAGUGGAUGGACUGUGCGGCAGAGGACGAGGAAGGCGUAGAAGAAGAGGUAACUCCUAAUGGCGGUGCGACAACUAGGCGUAGCCUACGCAACAGAGCCCCCGAAACGCCAACGAAAGCCAAGGCCAAGGUCACGGGAAGACGCGGUGGUGCUCGGCCGGGUAGUGGACGGCCUAGAAAACACCCGCUACGCGUGCCAAAAGCAGUACUCGAGACGACCGAAGCUUCGCGAAGCUUACAGGAAUCGCCAAAGAAGUCCACUUGGAAUGAGGAGAGUUUGAGAAAAUCCCCGCUGCCAGCGUAUCAGAGCCGAACUGAACAAGCCCGGGCGGAGGAGAUUCAAGACAGUGAAGAGUGGUCUACUGGAGGCGAAGAUAAUGCGCUAAGAUCUUAUGGGCUAAAAGCAGAAGGCGCGGCAGUCAGGGAGAGUGAUGGACAAGCGGAAGUGGAAGAAGAAGAGGAAGAGGAAGAAGAAGAGGAAGAAGAAGAAGAAGAGGAAGAAGAAGAAGAAGAAGAAGACCAAGACGUGGUCGUGCGAAGGCGAUUGGUCCGGGCGACAAGAAACAGGCGACCGCCGGCUAAAUUCCGCGGAGACGAUUUUUUUUACUAG